CAAUCCAAAUGAAACUGUAACACCGCAAUCGACUCUCUCUCCGUUAGUGAACGCACCGAGUAUCGGGAUGCUCAGCAACGCGACGUUCAACAUGGACCAACCGUACAGACCAUCCUCGAAUCGCUUAUUCGGUCAACUUCGUCCACGUCGUCGCGAAGCACGAAGCUCGGUGCGGGACGUUGAAAAGAAGCACAGGAAACAUGACCACAAGCACCAUCACACUGAUCACGAAAGCAACAAGAAUAAGAAGAAGCACAAACACAAGCACAAGAAAAAGCACAAGCUCGAACGGCACGCGGGUGGCGAAAGUGGUGCGGAAACUCCGGAGUACAGAAAGCUGAUUAGAAGAGCAGCGAUGAUGCGUCGAAAGCGGGCGAACCUCUACGAAGAUGCCUGGGAUCCGGUAGACUCGGGUUACGAGGAACCCGUCAUUUACAGCGCAUCGGGCAAGCUGACAAGCGGAUCUGGGAAGCGGCGAAGGUCACCGGAAGAGAAGGAUGAAGUGAAACGAGACGUAAUCAGCGCCUCGGUGGCGCUUCAGCCCUGGCUUAAUCCCAAGUCGGACGACCCGAUGACCUCCGGCUACCUGAACCAGCUGACCAACCGAUUGGUCCGUGAGUCUCUGACGCCUCCGGUGUACGAAGAACGGAAAAGCGCAAACGGCCGAAGCCUCGCCGACGAUGAAGUGAUGCUUCUGAGUAAACGGGAGGCCUGGAGAAACGAAAACGAGCAGCAACUCGAGGAGGUCGCCUUCGGCAAAGACAUGAGAGGAAAAUGGAGGGACGAGGAACGGUUUAAAAAGCUAACCGACAUCGACAGGAAGAAGAAAUUCGACGACGACGGGAUUGGCAGGCAGAAACGCGAGGGUGAUGAGAAGAGGAAUUCUAAUUCUUCUAAUUCUUUGGGAUCAGCUCAGUUGUCGCAAGUUGCAAAGAACGAAAAAGUCGGCAACAGCACACCGACUGUUAACGACGCAAAUCUAGUGAAACGAUCGACGAAUUCAGACAAUGUGAUAAACCGGAACUCGACCAAAGCAGUAAGCCUUCAGACUGAGAACUCUGAGGCUAAAUUUCUGGACUCGAAACUGAGCAGCCUUGUCUCUGGUGCAAAAAAUGAACAAGGUUUAAUUUCUGGAGUCCACGAGCGUGGAGAAUCGCAAAACGAGGUGGACCGAGUUCCGAGGACCGAAUACAAACAACGACACUCGACACUUAGUCGAGAGCUCCAAUCUAGAGGUCCAGAUCAAUCGACUCAAAACCCUGAUCAAAAAGAAAGUAUCACACGGAAAAUCGCGAUAAUUGACAAAAAUUCCGCAACGUCUAAAGAACCGAUUGAAAAACGAAACGGGAAGAGAUCCUCGCCGUUUGUCAUUCCAGAGGCAGAAGGGUCGGCGAUACUUCCACAUCUCGAAGUCUCCGAGCAGAGACAGCAGCAGAAACAGGCAGCGAAAACUGAGACGGACGAUCAAAGAGACAUUGCCAACCAAGUACUGGGACUUGAUAACCCCUUGAUUCUCGGCUUGAACACGUACUGAAGACGUUCGCGUGCCGUUUGAAAACGGAUGUCGACACGAUACCGGAAACAUCUUCUGUCGCUUACUCGAAUUAAUUAGAUCAGAACAAAUAUAACCAUUCGAAAUUUUUUCAUAUGAAAAUUCACAGGUUCAAACUAAUUCGUAAGUAUUUAUGUGAUGACUCACCGAUUCGUUUCUGAAUCUCAGUCCAUCGAUGUGAUCGAUCAGCGAUUUCAGCAACCCACCUGUAUUGAAAAGAAAAGGAACAAA